AUGGGCAAGGACAAGGACAAGCUCAAGCAGAGCAAAGGCGGCGAUGCAGACGAGGCCGAGCCGCCCAACUUUUACUGCCGUCGCAAUCCGACCAUCCCUCGUCAGGAUCAACCCAGGCCGUAUGCGUUUCUGCAGCGCAUCCUCAACGAGCAUCGCAUUCGAAAUGGAGACAUCGAGCUCGACUCUAGCCUCGAGCAGACUACCAACUCGUUUCCGGGCCACUCUCAGCUUUAUGACGAGCCUGAUUCGAUCGCCGUGCAGGCGGGAGCGGGCGCGAUCGCGGCAGUUCAGAACGGCCUCAAUCUGCGCGAGACGGCAAACACGUUAGCAGAGACGUCGGAAUCGAGCGCGGCGGAGAACGGCUCGGAACACGACUCGGCCACGGCAUCGAGCUCCGAUGCGACGGGUGCUCAGGCUGAGGCUGCCGAGGAAGAGGAAGAGCUGCCUUGGUUCUCGCAGCUCUCGGCCUAUCCGCAGCUCAGGUCGGCAGGCAUCCCGCUCGUGCCCGACGACGCAUCGUCCAGCAAGAUGUCCGCGCUCAACGCUGCUUCGUCCAAGAAACGCGCCACCACCGCCGCCGCGCUCGCGUCCGCAUCGGUUCACAGCCUAGCAGGCUCCUCGAGGCCAAGCUCUUCUUCGUCGUCCACGGCAGCAUUCCUCAACGCUGGCUCGGCGCCUCUCUCUCGCGUCACCUCGCCAAAGACCUCCUACACAGCCGCCAUGGACUCUCUGCCUCGAAGCGGGUCGUCUGCAUCCCUGUCCGAGGCUGUCUCGCUCUCGUCUAGGAACACCACCCUCGUGACUCCGCUUACCUCGACCCUAUCGUCAACAGGCUCCAUCAUGUCCAACUUGAGUACCGACUCCUACUCUCACGACACACGGUCCGGGGGUAUUCCUUCACAUUCACCGCUUGCAGCGCCCAUGUCGGCUUCCACUACGGCCAGCACAAUGUCGCACCAGGUUCAACGCUCGCUUCCCUCGUCUCUAUCCACGCUUCCAGGCGCGGGCAUCUCAGCUGCCAACGCGGGUGCAGCAGCACCUCUGGACUUUCAGGAGGACUUGCUGCCGCCGGACAACUUUGCCAUGGUCAACUCGCACGUCUACCGCUCCAGCUUCCCCAAGAAGAAGCACUUCCCUUUCCUGCGCACUCUCGGCCUGCGCUCCGUGCUCACGCUCAUCCUCGAAGAGUACCCAGAGACAAACGCGAGCUUCCUCGACCAGAACGGCAUUACCUUUUUCCAGUUCGGCAUCCCAGGCAACAAGGAACCUUUCGUAUCGAUCCCCACGGACAAGAUCACCGCCGCCCUUACGACCAUCUUGGACCGAAGGAAUCAUCCCAUCUUGAUCCACUGCAACAAGGGCAAACAUAGGACGGGGUGUCUGAUCGGAUGCCUGAGGAAGCUGCAGCAGUGGAGUCUGACCACCAUCUUCGACGAGUAUAGGAGAUUCUCGUGGCCCAAAAGUCGCAGUAUGGACCAAGAGUUCAUCGAGCUCUACGACGAGUCGGCCGUCUGGAGAGAUAUUGACGUUCGAUGGCUUCCAAAGUGGACACGCACGAUCCGGGACAUCGAAGAUGCACUCGAUGCAGUCCAAGACGACGACGGCGACGACGGUUUCCACGACUCGCUCGCCAUUUGGAGGGGCAUGUAA